CAAUAUCCGUUCGAGAACAUAAAGUAGCUGGCUUGCUAGUAAAUAUGGAAAUGAGGGAGGGUGAGUGAGGCCAAACUAUAUAAUUCCGUAACAAGUGAUUGGAAUUGCCAAACCGCCUACGUUUUUUUCAUUUGCGCCUCACCGAAAAGGUCAUAACACAAAAAAAGCAACAGAGAUGACUGAGAAUUUCGACCGAGCUCCAGGCGCUGGUAGAGCCCAUAUAAAGCCAAGAAGCCCCGGCCUUGCAGAUGUAGGAGAUGGGGACGCCACAUCUGUUUUCAACCAGCGUGAGCCUCUUCGGCAACCUCGGACUUCGCCACCUUUGACUGAGAACAACCCAAACAAUAGUGAAGCUAUCGGCGGAGAAAGCAGAAGCCCAAGCAAGCCCCACCAAUUCAUUCACAACCACAGCACUCCUGCCUCCAAAGUGAAAAGUUUGGACUCUCUGGUGAAUACCUCCAUUCUAUCAGCCAAUGCACCGGAGUUCUACCCUGCUAGCUUCUCCCCCUAUGAGGAAUCUGUUUCGGAGGAUGGCAGUGAUGGCUAUUAUACUGAGAUGACAUUGGCUGAAUUGGUUGAGGAGUUUCUCAGCUACCUAAACUCCUCGCCGGGGUCCUUUGAGACGGACAUUGAGCACAUGGUAAACAUGCUGAACAGCUGGGUUACUACUGAGGAGACGUUGCAAGAACUGGUGGAACUCAUCUACACACAAUCUACUGCUAUCCCCAAUUUCUCAUACACGGGGGCAAGGCUCUGUAACUUCCUGUCUCAUAACCUCGUACUCAGCCCAGCAAGUGGAAACUUUCGUCAGCUUUUACUAAAACGGUGUCGGACAGAGUAUGAACAGAGGGACAUAGCGGUGCGAGGAGACCAGGAGACACAGAAGAAGUUCCAGGCCUAUGUGCUCUUUCUGGGGGAGCUCUAUCUCAGACUGGAGGUAAAGAGUGCAAAGGGGCCUCCGUCCCGAGCUGAGAUCCUGCUAAUCGCCCUGAGGGAGCUGAUUAAUGUCCUCUUUUCUAACCCAGUGGAUGGAAACCUCAUCUGUGCUGUCAAACUGCUUAAGUUGACCGGCUCGGUUCUGGAGGAUGUGUGGAAAGAGAAAGGGAAGUCUGACAUGGACCAGCUAGUCCAGAGGAUUGAGAACAUUGUACUGGACGCCCAGUGCAGCAGGACUGUCUGUGUGUCCAUCAGAGAUGUGAAGCAGAUGUUAUUGCGGCUGGUGGAGCUGAGGUCUAGUAACUGGGGCAGAGUCCAUGCUGCUGCUGCUUCUGACGCUACACCUGACAAUGACCCCAACUACUUUAUGAAUGAGCCUACGUUCUACACUGCAGACGGCACUCCCUUCACAGCAGCCGACCCUGAAUAUUCAGAAAAAUACCAGGAUAUCCUGGAUCGGGAAGAUGACUGUUUCCCAGAGGACUGUGAAGAGAAUGGAAAUGAAUCGUCGUUCAAUGACGAGGAUGAGAUGGACCCUGAGAUCGAGGAAGCUUUUGAGAAGUUCUGCCUAGAGUCAGAGAGGAGACGACGAUGAGAGGGCUGCGACAGACUGAGCUGGCACAUAACUUUCGUGUUCAACAUGCUGGAAUGUUUGCGACUGGAAAAAAUCUAAGAACUAGCCCUUUUUUUUAAUACAGUUUGCUCUUCCUGACAGUUCACAGAUUUACUUCUGGAUUUGUGUUGGUUGGAAGAUGGACAAUCAACUGCAUCAAUAAUCCGCUGAGUUAUACGGACUGUUCUGAGUUUGUAUUUUUUGGGGGGUGGGUGGAGUUCCUUCUCUGCUUUUGCUUCUUUCAGAAACACUUAUUUCCCUUGGUCUUCGUCUUAAUGCUACAGGGAAAUUGUGUGCUGUGGAUUUGAAACACUGUUUACACAGCCACCAUAAAAACCCAACUCUAGAUAUAGAAAGAAAAUCUGUUUUUCUUCCUGUCCACACUCAGUGACCCAUAUCAUAUUUGGCAUUCACAUUGAUGUAGCCUCUGAAGUAGCACACAGAUGCAAUGCUCAUUUCCUGUUACUUUCCAUUUUGGGGUGGUUGUCCUGAUAACUGUAGGCAAUUGGCAAAAACCCCCACUUCAGAGCAAAAAAAUCUGAUAUGGGCAUCCAGAAUGAGGGCACAUGGAUAAUCCAGAUGGUAUCAGGUUGAGGUCCACAUAUGGAUGUGUUAUUAAUCUGAAGUCGAAAGACCAGAUUCCAUGGGGUUUUGUGGUGUUUACACAUUAGGGAAAAUAGCAUAUGGGUAUCAGAUGUGCAAGUAAUUGACAAUCUGAAUGGGCUUCCUAUGUAAACUUAUCUCAACAGCAGAGUAGCUAACUAACUGUAUGAUCAAUGACAACAUAGGGUUCAGCUCCAGGAAUACUGCAAGGGCUUAUUCAGUUGGAGGUGACACUGACUUGCAGUUACAAACGUGAUGUAUAGAACGGACACUGCACUGCAUCGGAUGUUGCUACAGGGUACAACAGGGUAAAUAAAUACAGUAUUCAAGAGAAUUGUAUGUUCUCUAUAGUACAUCAGCUUUCAGUGUAUAGAAUGUUGCACUACUGGACUCCAGGGCCAUUUUGUUCAUUAUACAUCUGUGAGGAGUUGGCCAUUUAUUUCAGUUUGAUGGUCAACCACCCAUUAUCAGUCUAUGCAUUUUAAGGUGGUGGAUUUGUACAACUAACAAAGGAGUUUAAAGUACUGAAUACAGGCAAGUGGCAGCAAACUGGCCAUAAAAGAGAACACAAGUUACUUUGACUUGACUUUAGGGGUGUUUUUGUUCUCCCUUUUACAGGUUCAAAGUAGCGUUUUUAGAAUGUGAAGUUAUUUCACAGAAUUGUUGAGUAGUACAGUUCUGUCUCUUGCUGGGAAGUGGGAACGGGGUCAUUUUGAAUCCAAUUUAUCUGUUGAACAAGGCUUUAACACCUUUGCAGUUGGCAGUUUGGAACUGAUUUUAGAGACCGCUGCAACAGAAAUCUCUCAGGACGGAUUCCACAAUAUAUUCUUAGUUUGUAUCAUCAUCAAUUGAUGAACCCCAUACAAAGGAAUGUUUGUUUUAUAAGUUUGUAAAUAAUAUUCAUAGUAUUGUUUGUCUGCAAUAAAUUCUUCAUAAUAUGAAUAUUUCACACACUGGUCCAGCUAGACAUCCAUCAUAUUGGCGACAUAUGUUCAUGCGAAUAUUAUAAAAUCUGCAUUAAAACAAUAUGCACAUUUUCCCACUAGUGUUUGCCGCAAACAGACUUGUUGCUGAUAAAAGUCAGUGCGUGAUGACAUGGUGUACACAAAAUGUACUUUUUUGCUGAAAUUUUCAAGUACCAAAUAAAAUCUAAAGUUUAA